GGCAAAGCGAAAUCGGUCAUCGAAUUUGGGGCUUUCGUGGCUUGCCCAACACUGUUGGCUUUUUUGGCCAACAUGAUGUCAAUGGAAAGCACAAUGGAGACAUGUGGAACAUCAGAAGAUCAUAGAACGGAACAGAAAAGGGCGGAAAGUGCAGCAGUGAUAAAAAGCAUAUCAACACCACCCAAAGAAUCCUCGCCAGAGUACAUCAAUGAAAGAGACAUUUGUACACUUUAUUUCAAUGGGUGGGCUGAACAGGAGCAAGUUGCAUUCAUUGAGCAUUUGCUCUCGCGCAUGUGCCACUACCAACAUGGACAAAUUAACUCGUUUCUCAAACCUAUGCUCCAGAGAGAUUUUAUUUCUGCACUUCCAGCUAAGGGCCUGGAUCACAUAGCAGAAAGCAUUUUGUCUUAUUUGGAUGCCAAGUCUUUAUGUUCAGCUGAGCUAGUAUGUAAGGAGUGGUACCGAGUGAUAUCAGAGGGAAUGCUGUGGAAGAAGCUGAUAGAGAGGAUGGUCAGGACAGAUAACUUAUGGCGAGGACUGGCUGAGAGAAGAGGAUGGGGACAAUAUUUAUUUAAGCCAAAACAAGGAGAAGUGCCAAAGGAUCACAAGUUCUACAGAGCUCUCUAUCCACAAAUCAUUCAAGAUAUAGAUAGAAUAGAAAAUAACUGGCGGACUGGCCGGCAUACAUUGCAGCGGAUUCACUGUCGAAGUGAAACCAGUAAAGGAGUGUACUGUUUACAGUAUGAUGAUACAAAAAUUGUCAGUGGUUUGAGAGACAAUACAAUAAAGAUCUGGGACCGAAACUCGUUGGAGUGUGUGCAGGUGUUGACAGGUCAUACUGGCUCAGUCCUCUGUUUGCAGUAUGAUGAAAAUAUCAUCAUAUCAGGCUCGAGUGAUUCCACAGUCAGGGUUUGGAAUGUUAGGAGUGGAGAAAUGCUGAAUACACUCAUCCAUCACUGUGAGGCUGUUCUCCAUCUGAGGUUCAAUGAUGGCAUUAUGGUCACCUGUUCAAAGGACCGGUCAAUAGCAGUAUGGGACAUGCAAUCUCCAACAGACAUCAACCUACGCAGAGUCCUAGUGGGUCACAGAGCUGCCGUCAAUGUUGUGGACUUUGACGAUAAAUACAUUGUGUCUGCCUCUGGUGACAGAACGAUAAAGGUUUGGAGCACAUCAUCCUGCGAAUUUGUGAGGACUUUAAAUGGACACAAGCGUGGUAUUGCUUGCCUACAAUAUAGGGAUAGACUUGUGGUCAGUGGAAGCUCAGACAACACUAUUCGAUUGUGGGACAUUGAAUGUGGGGCAUGUCUGAGAGUAUUGGAAGGUCAUGAGGAACUAGUCCGCUGUAUAAGAUUUGACAAUAAGAGAAUAGUCAGUGGUGCAUAUGAUGGAAAAAUAAAGGUGUGGGAUCUUGCUGCGGCAUUGGAUCCAAGAGCACCAGCUGGAACCUUGUGUUUAAGAACCCUAGUGUUUGACUUACAGGAGCAUACUGGCCGAGUCUUCAGACUCCAAUUUGACGAGUUUCAAAUUGUCAGCAGCUCCCACGACGACACUAUUCUUAUUUGGGAUUUUCUCAAUGUUCCUGUGCCCGAGGGCUCCUCUCGCUCCCCCUCAAGAACGUACACAUACGUGUCUAAAUGAGGUGCACCUACCCCCUCCUAAUAUGGAGUUCUUAAGUUCCAAGCACUGCAUGGCUACAUAAAAACUUCUCCACCUUCUCUGGACUUUUAAGUGCUAUGACACUGUGCUCAACUUGUGCUGACCACUACCGCAUCCAGCUGUCAGGUACCUAGUGCAAUGGGCAGAAUUUGAUUCAGCCCUAGAGAAAAUUUCAAGCUCAGUGGACAGUAUGGUGGACUGACACUCGUGCUCUGUAUCAAGCCUGACGUGCUGUUAUACAGGAAGGACAGAUCCUGAUCACUUCUGUUACAAGUAGAUUUCUUCUUUUGGGUUUGCAGCUCUUGCAGUGUGUAGGGUGCAUUAAGUGCUUAUCAUGUACAUGUACUUUACAAGAUGUGGAAGGAUUGUUUAAAAAAUAAUUAAAUAAAAAAAAAAUGUGUAACUGACGUAUGUCCCAUUACGGAAUGAUAUUUAAUGUGUAUAUAUGCACAGGUAUGUAAGUAUUUUCAGAUGUUGUCUGGAAUUUCUGAAUGGGCAGUCCCUGCACAAGAGUAGCCUUGUAGUUUGAUGAAUUCUUAGUCUAUAAGAUUGAAAUCCCCAGUAUCUCACAUUAUCAUUUCUUGUCAUGCUGCAGUUUGUGAAAAGUGCGGGGAAUAAACUUUAAAUGUGUUUUUCAUGGAGACUUACAGGACAAUGCAAGCGUUCCAGCAAUUUUCACAUUAUCGUCCAUUCUUCACUUCAAUAUUAAGAAGUUAAUCAACUACAAAGGCCAAAUUUGCUGGUAGGUAGUUCUUUGUAGAUCACAUUUUCCAUUGUGAACAUUUGUGCUCUUUUCUGUGUAAUAAUAUAAGCAACAGGCUUGAAAUAUUGUAUCUGUCACUAUCAUGUUGCUGGCAGGUACCCAGAAUGAUUUCUGCCUGUAUGAUCUUGUAGCAAAUCACUGCUUCUGUAGUUAGGAUUACAUACACUGUAUUACUGGAUGAAUACUUUCAGGUGUGUUUAAAUGAAAUGUAAAUUCACCAUGAUAUUUUGUUUCUUAGAGCUGUGUUCUUACGUGGAUCAAUUUUACACAUCUUUAGGUUAGGCAGAAAUGCUGAAGACAUGUCAUAGACAGCUGUGGAAAGCUUGACAUUUGCAGAUAGUAGUUGUAAACUUGUAGUUCACUCAGUUCAGGAUUUGAUUAUUUGUUGUCAAAAAUUGAUUACAUGUCUUUUAUUAUUGUGAAAAUUAAAAUCACCAAAGUCAAGAGUUCCACUAUUCCAAUUAUUGUAUUAUCAACAGAUUAUUAUAUGUACAUAGUAAAUAAAUUAGUCUGUUUAUUGUUAUUUGUUAUCCAUAGGUCUGUGUUUAAGUUAAGUAUGGUAUGACAUUGAAUGUUUAAACCCAGCAGUUUCAAUUGUACUAUAUCCCUUUCUUUGUGGCCUGUUGCAUUGAUCUCUGUUUAUUUUGUCACAUUAAGGUGUAAAAUAGUGCAUGUGUGAACAUUCAAUCUUGCUUUCAAUUUUCAUAUUUAUUGAUGUGUAUUUAGUUGUUUAUAUGGGAAAGUGUGGCAUGUAGACAAAUUGGGGAUUCUGGUAGUCACAUUCUUUUCUGUUCCUUGUUCAUUUUCCAUCCAUCAUCGCCAAGUCAUGUCCUCAGGUCAUGUCAUUCAGUUGCUGGUUAUCAAUCCUUGCCCAUGCCUCUCAUUGUGGAAAUCAUUUGACAUUAAAUCUGUUAAAAACUAGACUGCCUAGAAUUGUCUGUCAUGAGAUAUUAGUGCACUUGUAUACAGAUAACUGAGAAGUACAUGUACUACAUAAAUGAGAAAGCAAGGAUUUGUUAUCCAGAAGAAAUUUGAAAGAAGAACCUAGAUCUACUGUGUUGUGUGCAUAUAGGCUACACUGCUCCCUGAGUUACCACUUUCUGAUAUCUUGGAGCACUAAAUUAUAGAUUUCCAUGAAGUGAAUGAUACCUGUGUAUCACAUAUUUAAGGUGAUGGCUGUCAAAUUAUGUUAAGCUUAUACUUGAUUUGCAGCCAAUGUACUUCUUACUGGAGUCUGAAUGUCUAAAUUAGUGUUCAGUGGCCAGUGUAGUUGGAAAACUCUGAAACUUUGGUACUGUGUGUUGUGAAUUUUACAUAAUUCAAGUGUUAGUAUGCUUUCAGUUUAAGGACAAAAAAGAAAUUAUCAGCAAUUCAAAUGCUGACUAAAAGGUAAAAUAUAACUGGUUUAAAAACACAUCUUCUGUUUGCAUUUUCGGUGUAACUUUUCAGUCACAAGUGAGAUUAAAUUUGAUGACAGUUGACUUAAAUUCAGUAUUGUCUUACAAAUUUAUUCAAGCUAAUUGGUGCACAAAUUAUUUCAUGUCCUGUUGGUCAAGUCAAUACUUUUCAUCUUGUAUUCCCAAAGGAGUGCAUAUAGAUUCUGCUGCGGACGUUUAGUUUGAUCUGUCAUGAACUGAAUAAAGUAUGUGAUAUGCUUUGACAUUAAAUGCUGUAUAGGCCAUUGUAUAAUUGCAUUCAUUGUUUUAUGUCAACUUAAUAGGAAAAGAUUUUUAGCAAUCUGUAUGAAAAUUUACAACAGCAACCCUUUCUUUAUUGAGAUCUGAGACCACUCCUAACCCAAGCAUGGUCAGUCACUGCAUACCAGUUUAACUUGGUAAACAGGGUGGCUUUUCUAUAACUUGGUAUUUUGCCAAAUAUCAUUGCAUGCUAUUUCUUCCCAUGCAGUCUCGUAAGCAAAGCUUUUCUGAAUAAAUCUGUAUAUCUCA